CGCUGGUCUGAUAAGUUUGAUGCUAAACUCUUCUCGCCAUAGAGACGGGGCAACAUCAGUUGCUUACACCACAACAAUGUCUCUGCCUACCGAUAAAUCAUCUGACAUUAAACGGAUAAUCCGCGAUCAUUUAGUAAAGGUGAACAUCAACGACAAGAUACGUGGUGUGUUAGCAGAAUCAUCACAAGAUGGCAUUGAUCCUGGACGGUGGUUUUCUGGGGAGGACUACAUGCACGCUUUGCAACAGAGGGGACUCGUCGACGAUAUUAUGAAGGACCUCACGUUGAACGUUGAUAUGAGAGACGAGGGGAAACCUGAACACAUUGGAGUAAUGGAAGCUGAGAGGAACGCCAUUAUUAAUCCCAAGAGAAGAUACAUUUACCUUCAGAUCCUCGGAGGAAAGGCUUUUCUUGAGCACCUGCAGGUGCCGGACAGAAUCUCUCCGGACGCACACUCAACGUUAACACUCUACAUCAACUUUCGUAACCAGCGCUUUCGAUCCAAACCUGUUCCCUGUGAAUGUGAGCCAGAGCUACAAGAGGGUUUCCUCUUGGAAGUGCAUCAAAGUCUAACAGGAAAUGAAAACAAAAUGGCGGACUGUUCGACAUUGCUCUCUAUCUGUGAUCCCAUUCACAUGGUUCUGAUCAAAACAACUACGUCAGGUGACACCACGCUUAUGUCUUCGCACUUCCUUGACUGGCGAAGUGUUCUUUGUGCGCCAGAUGGCAAGACCAGCAUCACAACCGAACUUCUGGGAGUUGGGAGAGAGUGCAAAGCAACUGUUGGAGUGCUGAAUCUGAAACUGGAAAUAUACCCUCACCUGUCCGAGCACCUCUCCACAGAGGUUGUUACGACUCAACAAUCACUGGAGAAACAGAAGACCAUGGAAAAGGAGCGGUUAUUUCUUGUGUACGCAAAGCAGUGGUGGAGGGAAUUUCUAGACAUUCGUCAGUCGCAUCAGAACAGGCUUGUGAAAAUCUUUGCACAGGAUGAAAAUGGCGUGAAUCGGCCUGUCUGCUCAUACGUCUGCGUCCUGCGAGGGGGUCGCCUUUUGGAAACCCCGCGUCAGGCUGCACGCUUUGUAAGCCUGCUGGCCCAGGAAAGAGUACGCGGGGUGGGCAGUGGCGGAUACCAUGAGCAGUGGAGUAGCGCAAUGGCUUUCCUGUGCAGGAACAAGGGAGACUGUGAGGAUCAUGCAACUCUGUUGUGCAGCCUGCUCCUUGGGUUUGGCAUGGAUGCUUAUGUGUGCGUGGGCACCAAGGCCAAAAACACUCCACAUGUAUGGGUCUUGACUUGUGGCACGGAUGGAACCAUCACCUUCUGGGAAAGCUUGACAGCUGAAAGGUACCUCCACAGACCGAUGGACCCGGACGACCCCGUCACUCCGCUGCCUAAGGCUGCUCAUCCCUACCAGACCGUGGGCUGUGCCUUCAACCACAAGGCUUUCCUGGCUAACUGCCAGCCGACAGAUCUGGUGCAGUUCUGUGCUUUCGAUUUUCGGGACAAGUCCCGUUGGAAGGCGAUGAGUCCUGAGGCACUGGGCUCGGUGUGUGGGCCUGGAUCCACUGUCUUCACCGUACCCCCGGUACCCAUAAUGCUGUGCGCCUCGUCGCUGGAUCCAAUCCAGGCCAGCAAUCAGAUGGAGAUGGAGCUCCGACACCUGCUGACUGAACACAGGAAGGAGUUGGGUUUUGCCACAAUGUGGGACGACAACCUGUCAUAUCUGCUGUCGUCGGCACUCGUGGCCUAUGAGCUGGAGCGAUGCACCGGUAUCGCCAGUGGCAACGAAGAGUUCCAGGAUGCGGUCAGGAGGGCUGUCCCCGAUGGCCACACAUUCAAGGGCUUCCCCAUCCAAUUUCUGCACCACAGUGCAAAGCGGGCUUUCGCUACCUGCCUCAGGUCCCGUUUCUGUGAGGAGAUCAUUGGUUGCUGUGGCGAUCAUGUGAGGCUUGCCGUGCGAGUUCGAGUGUUUGCCUACCCCGAGUCGGCUUGUGCUACGUGGGUCAUGCUUGCAUGCCAGUACUAUUGUAUUCUGUGAUCGGUGUGCUCAAAAUGUAUGUAUUUAUAAUGAUGUAAUAUUGGUGCGUUUAUUUGAAAGACCACAUUAGUUUGUCUACUAUGUACAGUCAGAAUAAGGGAUAAGUGUUUGAUCCCUGGCUGAUUUUGUUGGUUUGCCCACCAAUAAAGAUAGAAUUUGAAUGGUAGGUGUAUUCUAGCAUAGAGAGACAGAAUGUCAAAAAGGAAAUCUCGAAAAUAACUUUGAAGAAUAUAUUUUAAUUAAUUUGUAUUUCAUUAAAUUAAAUAAGUAUUUGACCUACAUUUAGUCUAGUGGAGGGAAGGAGGUUGGCCCUCAGGACUGUAUAUUACAUGUCUCCCUCCAUCCAUUUGUUGAUGAUGUGAAGUUGUCCUGUGCCUUGCCCAGACAAACAACCUCAAACCAUAAUGUUACCACGGCAGCAUUACUUUUCCUCAAAACACAUUGAGUAUUGUUAAUGGCAAACAGCUUCAUUUUGGUUUCAUCUGGCACCUGCCAAUGAUAUCCUAAACCAGUCUGAUGUCCAUUGGCAAACCUCAGGUGAGCCUGCACAGUUUCCCUCUGAAGCAGGGGUACCAUGCAUGCACUGCAGGAUUUUAAUCCUCUGGCAUUCAUAGUUUUCUUAGUGAUUGAGGUCCUAGCUGUCGUCCAUACGUAAAGUCCUAGGGUGUUUUCUCUCUUUUUCCAUGAUUAUUGAAUCCACACCAGGUCAAAUCUUGACUGGAACCCCCAGGUAGGCCUUUUGAUGGUCAUUUUGGAUUUCUUAAUUUUUUGCAAGAAAUGCACCAACAGUUUGCUUAAUAUCCAGUCUCUUGCUUGUUUUUGUAGCUCUUUCUCUCACACCUUGUCCCUGACAUCCUUUGGCGGCUUUUUGGUCUUUCCCAUGUUGGCAAGUUUGGAGUCUGAUUGACUGACUCAUACUAUGGACUGAUUCUGCUGAUUCAGUGUGACUUUUAUGCGAGUGACUAUUAACAGUUGUCUUUUAUUCGGGUGACAAGUCUGUGGUACCAGAAUUAUUAAUGGUUGACAGGGGAUGAAAUACUUAUUUCUGUAAAUGAAAUAAGUUGUCACAUUAAAAACGUCUUUAUUUAACUCGCACUUCUCUCCUUCUGCAAGAAUACACCUACCUAUGCCUACCAUUAAAAUUAGACUGGUCAUGUCCUUGUUAGGAGGCAAACUAACUAAAUCAGCAAAUACAUGUUAUUCACAAUGUAGGCUACCUUUAAACUUUUUGAUCAUUAUUGUUUGUGUGCACACCACUGUAACGUUUUACUGAAAUAGUUGCAGUAGAGAACAUUUUGUAUAUUUUUUUUGUUUAAUCCGCCAGUAUGCUUUCGGUAAUGCAUGAAGUGGGUACCAUACUGUUUUGGGGGAUACUGGGUCUUUUUUAUACUACAUUUUAAGUGCUAAGGCAACAUUUUCAAGGUUAAUAAUAAAUCUUCUUUGGAAAGGUA